UACCCACGGCCCCAGCGCGCGCGCACGGUUAAAUCCCCCCAUUCCGACGGCGGCGGCUCUCACCCGCACCCCGCCGGGCGCAGCACCAUGACUGCCGGCCGCCUCGGUCCGUUUGUCACCCCUCUCUUCCUGGGCCUGGUGCUGCUCGUCUUCCACCCGGGCGCAGACGCGUGGUUCCGGGGGAGGUCGAGCGCCGCGAGGGACCAGCCAGCAAUGCCAGGAGGUGGCUGUCCUCUGGGACAGGCGCUCCGGGCUGCCACUGAUGGUCCUCAGCCUCCCCUCCUAGGCCCAGAAGGAGGGAAAGCGGGCGUGUGCCCCGAGCUGGAGAACGACGACGUGAACUGCACGCAGGAGUGCAGCUCCGAUGAAGAGUGCGGGGACUACCUCAAGUGCUGCAAGGCCGGCUGCGCCAGCGUCUGCUACCGGCCGGAUGAAAAGCCGGGCUCCUGCCCCAGGGUGGACCUUCCCUUGACUCCACUUGGCAUCUGCCGGGACCAGUGCCAGGUGGACAGCCAGUGUCCCGAACGGAUGAAAUGCUGCCGCAAUGGUUGCGGGAAGGUGUCCUGCGUCACUCCCGUCUUCUGAGUUUCAGCCACCGCAGCCGGAGGAAUGAGGGAGUGGAAGUUUCUGCCAGGCCCUGUCUGGCUCCGGCCCAGCCCCGUCUGGCUCCAGCCCAGCUGCCCUCCCCUCUUUCUGGCCUCUGCACUCCCUCCUGUGCUGGCCACAGUUUCACUUUCCAGCCAAUAAAGUGACCGCUUCCAGCACC